AGCUGAGAGGGACUGGGAGGGACGCGGGGGGGAACUGGAGGGUCACUGGGGGAAGUGGGAGAGGACUGGGAAGGUACUGGGGGGAACUGGGAGAGACUGGGAGAACUGGGCAGGACUGGGGGCACUGGAUUAACUGGGGGGAAUUUGGGCACUGGGGGGGACUGGGGAGCACUGGGAGAGCUGGGAGGGACUGGGAGGGACACGGGGGGGAACUGGGGGGAACCGGGGGGGUCACUGGGGGAAAUGGGAGAGGACUGGGAAGGUACUGGGGGGAACUGGGGGGAACUGGGGGGCACUGGAGGAAUUGGGUUGCGCCAGGCGGAACGGGGCAGCUCCAGCGGCUCUGGGGGAACUGGGAGGGACUGGGAAUCACUGGGAGAUACUGAGGGGGUCACUGGGGGGGACUGGGAGGGGCUGUGCUUUGGGGUGUCUUCAGGAAUGUCCCCCAGGUGUCCCCAAUAUCCCCCACCGUGUUGCCAUGGGUGUCCCUCUGCCCCCCCCCCGUGUGUGUGUCCCCGUGUCCCUCGGGUGUCUCCAGAGAGGCUCCUGUGUCCCCUGCUGCUGCCCAUGUGUCCCUGAGGAUGUCCCCAGUGCUGUCCCCACUGACGAUGCCGGUGACCCUGGAACUGCGGCUCCUCCUGCUGGCGCUGGCGCUGCGGGGGGAGGCGGUGUCCCCGUCGGUGUCCCCCUCGGUGUCCCCCUCGGUGUCCCCCUCGGUGUCCCCCUCGGGGUCCGGCUCCGAGUCGUGCGGGGCGGCGCUGGCGGAUGUGCUGAGGCGGCUGCGGGAGCUCGAGGGACACGUGCAGGCGCUGAGGGGACACUGUGGGGACAAGGGGGGACCCCAGGCCGGGACAGGCCGGUCGGUGCAGCUCUGCGCCCCCCCCUCGGGCGGUGGCUGCGCUUGCCCCGCCCCCUCGGGCGAGGCCCCGCCCCCGGCCCCGCCCCCCGCGUGCCCGCGCGGCUGCAGUGACCAGGGCCGGUGCGAGCGCGGGCGCUGCCGCUGCUUCCCGGGCUGGAGCGGCCCCGACUGCGCCACCCCCGCCUGCUCCCCGGGCUGGGGCGGCGCCCGCUGCGACAUCGGUGCGUCACACGUGUCCCCCGGUGCUCCCCGGUACCCCGUGGGAAACAUGGAUGCCCUUGCCCUUUACCAUCUUCUCUUCAAUGCAGCCGCUGAAGAACCCUUGCCCUCAGAGGAGCCCCAGGAGAAGCCCAAAACUGAGUCCCCGGCAUCUGAGGCACUCCUAGCAAGAGCAGAGCUGGAGGAGCUGAGAGUCUCCCGUGUCACCCCCAGCUCUGUGCAGCUGCACUGGACUGUCCCCAAGGGCUCCUUUGACUCCUUCACGCUGCAGUACCGGGAUGCCCAGGGCCAGCCCCAGGCCCUGCCCAUCGAUGGCGGGUCCCGCUCGGUGACAGUGCCAGGGCUGUCCCCGUCUCAUCGGUACCGCUUCCACCUCUACGGGCUGAGGGGCAGGAAGAAAAUUGACCAUGUGUCCACUGAGGCUGUGACAGAAGCUGCAGAAGAGGCAGAGGAACAGCCACUGCCCACAGAGGAACCUCAACAUGAGAAACCCCAAACUGAGGCCCCCACAUAUGAGGCCACCCCAGUGCGGGCAGUGUUGGGGGAGCUGAGAGUCUCCAGUGUCACCCCCAGCUCUGUGCAGCUGCACUGGACUGUCCCCGAGGGCUCCUUUGACUCCUUCACGCUGCAGUACCGGGAUGCCCAGGGCCAGCCCCAGGCCCUACCCAUCAAUGGGGGGUCCCGCUCGGUGACAGUGCCAGGGUUGUCCCCGUCCCACCGGUACCGCUUCCACCUCUACGGGCUGAGGGGCAGGAAGAAAAUUGACCAUGUGUCCACCGAGGCCAUGACAGGAGCUGCAGAAGAGCCAGAAGGACUGUCCUUGCCCACAGAGGAACCGCAGCAUGAGAAACCCCAAACUGAGGGCCCCAUAUCAGAGGCCACUCCAGCACAGGCGGUGCUGGAAGACCUGAGGGUCUCAAGCAUCACCCCCAGCUCUGUGCAGCUGCACUGGACUGUCCCCAAGGGCUCCUUUGACUCCUUCACGCUGCAGUACCGGGAUGCCCAGGGCCAGCCCCAGGCCCUGCCCAUCGAUGGCGGGUCCCGCUCGGUGACAGUGCCAGGGCUGUCCCCGUCCCACCGGUACCGCUUCCACCUCUACGGGCUGAGGGGCAGGAAGAAAAUUGACCGUGUGUCCACCGAGGCCGUGACAGAAGCUGCAGAAGAGCCAGAGGGACAGCCACUGCCCACAGAGGAACCUCAACAUGAGAAACCCCAGACUGAGGCCCCUCCAGCACCGGCAGUGCUGGAAGAGCUGAAGGUCUCAAGCAUCACACCCGACUCUGUGCAGCUGCACUGGACUGUCCCCAAGGGCUCCUUUGACUCCUUCACGCUGCAGUACCGGGAUGCCCAGGGCCAGCCCCAGGCCCUGCCCAUCGAUGGCGGGUCCCGUUCGGUGACAGUGCCAGGGCUGUCCCCGUCCCACCGGUACCGCUUCCACCUCUAUGGGCUGAGGGGCAGGAAGAAAAUUGACCAUGUGUCCACCGAGUUCAUGACAGAAGCUGCAGAAGAGCCAGAGGAACAGCCACUGCCCACAGAGGAACCUCAACAUGAGAAACCCCAGACUGAGGCCCCCACAUCUGAGGCCACUCCAACACAGGCAGUGCUGGAAGACCUGAGGGUGUUGAGCGUCACCCCGAGCUCUGUGCAGCUGCACUGGACUGUCCCCAAGGGCUCCUUUGACUCCUUCACGCUGCAGUACCGGGAUGCCCAGGGCCAGCCCCAGGCCCUACCCAUUGAUGGCGGGUCCCGCUCGGUGACGGUGCCAGGGUUGUCCCCGUCCCACCGGUACCGCUUCCACCUCUACGGGCUGAGAGGAGGGAAAAGGAUUGACCGUGUCUCCAUCGACACUGUCACAGAAGACCCCAAGGAUCUGUCCCCACCCUCAAUGGACCCCACAAAUGAGGGCUCCAGAACUGAAGCCCCCACAGCUCAGCACCACAAACCUGAGCACUCCCAAACUGAGUUCCCCUCGGCACAGGCAGAGUUGGGAGAGCUGAAAGUGUCCAGUGUCACCCCCAGCUCCGUGCAGCUGCACUGGACUGUCCCCGAGGGCUCCUUUGACUCUUUCACGCUGCAGUACCGGGAUGCCCAGGGCCAGCCCCAGGCCCUGCCCAUCGAUGGUGGGUCCUGCUCGGUGACAGUGCCAGGGCUGUCCCCAUCCCACCAAUACCGCUUCCACCUCUAUGGGCUGAGGGGCAGGAAGAAGAUCCACCAUGUGUCCACCGAGGUCAUGACAGCCACUGAAGAAUCCCUGCCCUCAGAGGAGCCCCAACAGGAGGUGCCAAAAACUGAGGCCCCCACAUCUGAGGCACUCCCAGCACGAGCAGAACUGGGGGAGCUGAGAGUCUCCAGUGUCACCCCCAGCUCUGUGCAGCUGCACUGGACUGUCCCCGAGGGCUCCUUUGACUCCUUCACGCUGCAGUACCGGGAUGCCCAGGGCCAGCCCCAGGCCCUGCCCAUCGAUGGCGGGUCCCGCUCGGUGACAGUGCCAGGGCUGUCCCCGUCCCACCGGUACCGCUUCCACCUCUAUGGGAUGCACAGAGGGAAAAGGAUUGACCACGUUUCCAUCAACGUCAGCACAGCCAAAGCCCCCCCAGCGCGGGCAGUGCUGGGAGAGCUGAGAGUCUCCAGUGUCACCCCCAGCUCUGUGCAGCUGCACUGGACUGUCCCCGAGGGCUCCUUUGACUCCUUCACGCUGCAGUACCGGGAUGCCCAGGGCCAGCCCCAGGCCCUGCCCAUCGAUGGCGGGUCCCGCUCAGUGACAGUGCCAGGGCUGUCCCCGUCCCACCGGUACCGCUUCCACCUCUACGGGCUGAGGGGCAGGAAGAAAAUUGACCAUGUGUCCACUGAGGCUGUGACAGGUACAGGAGAAGAUCAGGAGGAGGAAUGGUGGUUGGAUGCACUCCCAGCACGAGCAGAACUGGGGGAGCUGAGGGUCUCCAGUGUCACCCCCAGCUCUGUGCAGCUGCACUGGACUGUCCCCAAGGGCUCCUUUGACUCCUUCACGCUGCAGUACCGGGAUGCCCAGGGCCAGCCCCAGGCCCUGCCUAUCGAUGGCGGGUCCCGCUCGGUGACAGUGCCAGGGCUGUCCCCGUCCCACCGGUACCGCUUCCACCUCUAUGGGCUUAGGGACAGGAAGAGGACCAACCGUGUCUCCACUGACAUUGUGACAGGUGAGGGGGAAGCCACUGAAGAACCCUUGCCCUCAGAGGAGCCCCAACAGGAGGCGCCCAAAACUGAGCCCCCCACAUCUGAGGCACUCCCAGCACGAGCAGAAGGGGGAGCUGAGAGCUCCCGUGUCACCCCCAGCUCUGUGCAGCUGCACUGGACUGUCCCCGAGGGCUCCUUUGACUCCUUCACGCUGCAGUACCGGGAUGCCCAGGGCCAGCCCCAGGCCCUGCCCAUCGAUGGCGGGUCCCGCUCGGUGACAGUGCCAGGGCUGUCCCCGUCCCACCGGUACCGCUUCCACCUCUACGGGUUGCAAGGUGGAAAAAGGAUUGACCACAUGUCCACCGACGUCGUGACAGAUGCAGCAGUGCCAGAGGAGCUGCCCCUACCCUCAGAGGAGCCCCAACCUGAGCAGUCCCAAACUGAGCAGCCCCAAACUGAGGCCAGCCAGGGACAGGUGGUGCUGGGGAAGCUGAGGGUCUCCAGUGUCACCCCCAGCUCUGUGCAGCUGCACUGGACUGUCCCCGAGGGCUCCUUUGACUCCUUCACGCUGCAGUACCGGGAUGCCCAGGGCCAGCCCCAGGCCCUGGCUGUUGAUGGCGGGUCCCGCUCGGUGACAGUGCCAGGGCUGUCCCCGUCCCACCGGUACCGCUUCCACCUCUACGGGCUGAGGGACAGGAGGAGGAUUGACCGUGUCUCCACCGAUGUUGUCACAGCUGACCCAGAGGAUCUGUCCCUACCCUCGAUGGACACCCCAACUGGGAGCCCCCCAGAUGAGGAUCAUGAAAUUGCACAUCCCGAGGCCACCACAUCUGCGGCACCCUCAUCACGGGCAGUGUUGGGAGAGCUGAGGGUCACCAGCGUCACCCCCAGCUCAGUGCAGCUGCACUGGACUGUCCCCGAGGGCUCCUUUGACUCCUUCACGCUGCAGUACCGGGAUGCCCAGGGCCAGCCCCAGGCCCUGCCCAUUGAUGGCGGGUCCCGCUUGGUGACAGUGCCUGGGCUGUCCCCGUCCCACCGGUACCGCUUCCACCUCUACGGGCUGAGGGGCAGGAAGAAGACCGACCAUGUGUCCACUGAUGUCAUCACAGCUGAUGGGGAAGGUCAGAGGAUUGAAGCUGUGCCAGAGGAGCUGCCCCUGCCCUCAGAGGAGCCCCAGGAUGAGCAACACCAAACUCAGGCUCCAUCUGCAGCCACCCCAGUGCGGGCAGUGUUGGGAGAGCUGAGAGUCUCCCGUGUCACCCCCAGCUCUGUGCAGCUGCACUGGACUGUCCCCGAGGGCUCCUUUGACUCCUUCACGCUGCAGUACCGGGAUGCCCAGGGCCAGCCCCGGGCCCUGCCCAUCGACGGCGGGUCCCGCUCGGUGACAGUGCCAGGGCUGUCCCCGUCCCACCGGUACCGCUUCCACCUCUACGGGCUGAGGGGUGGGAAGAGGGUCUACCACACCUCCACUGAAGCUGUUACAGGUGAGGGGGAAGCCCCCCCAGCGCGGGCAGUUCUGGGGGAGCUGAGAGUCUCCAGUGUCACCCCCAGCUCUGUGCAGCUGCACUGGACUGUCCCCGAGGGCUCCUUUGACUCCUUCACGUCCUUGGUCCACUACGACGGGAUGCCAGGGCCAGCCCAGGCCCUGCCCAUCGAUGGCGGGUCCCGCUCGGUGACAGUGCCAGGGCUGUCCCCGUCCCACGGGUACCGCUUCCACCUCUACGGGCUGAGGGGUGGGAAAAGGACUGACCGUGCCUCUACUGACAUCAUCACAGCCACAGCCAAGACAGAGGAGCUGCCCUUGCCCUCAGAGGAGCCCCAGCCUGAGGAUCCCAAAGGAAAAGACCCCCCAACUGAGACCACCCCAUCUGCAGCCCCCCCAGUGCGGGCAGUUCUGGGGGAGCUGAGAGUCUCCAGUGUCACCCCCAGCUCUGUGCAGCUGCACUGGACUGUCCCCGAGGGCUCCUUUGACUCCUUCACGCUGCAGUACCGGGAUGCCCAGGGCCAGCCCCAGGCCCUGCCCAUCGAUGGCGGGUCCCGCUCGGUGACAGUGCCAGGGCUGUCCCCGUCCCACCGGUACCGCUUCCACCUCUACGGGCUGAGAGGAGGGAAAAGGACCGACCACACCUCCACUGAGGCCACCACUGGUAAGGGGCUGCAGGGACUCCCCAAAGCCCCCCAAGGAAUGGAGCUGGAGUGGGGACAGGGCUGGGAGUGGCGCCCAGGGGGAGCUGGGAGGAACUGGGGAGUGGGGCUGAACUGGGGGAGCCAGGGAAAUGAGGGGGACCAGGGAGCUUAG